AUGCCAGAGAUCAUAAUAAAUUUGGUGUCGUUUUCUAAGAUUGAUGAAACGUCGCUGAUGAUGUUGCCAUAUGAAGAGGCAAAGCAAAUAGGCAACUUCUCAUGUUCACAUCUGAAAGAAAGUGUGGAUGGUGACAUGUCUGUGAUGGGCAAGAAAGGCUUAGAAUUAUGUAAGAGUGAGAGGAAGUUGUAUAUGGCAAAAGAACCCUGCGAAGCCUUUGACGUGUGCACAGACAAACCACGGAGUGAAGGUGGUACUUUGAGAAGGCGAAGCCACACUCAGACUUUGUGGCCUUGUCAGGCUUCACUCUGA